CAUUCAUUACUUUAUAAUUUAUUUUAAAUCUGCAUUAUAUCUCAAUAAAUUUCAUUCUAUAAAUUAUUUCUUCCCCUCUAUAAAUUUCACAAAAAUUUUAUUUCUACUCUUAUCGAUUCGACUACAAAAGAAGAAACGCAGAGAAAUGGCGGUUCCUGCAUAUGCUAAUAUUCAUUGGGAUGGUAAUAUUAUAAAUAGUUGUAAUGGUUACGAUUAUGAAUGAGGUUUUUCAAAGAUUAUUCCAAUGGGUAAACAGAUAAGUUUUAAUCAACUUGUUGGUAAAAUUGCUCGUGCAAUUGGAAUAUCCGGGAGUAAUGAAUUUAUAGAGACAAUUAGUUUUAGAAAGCCUAUAAUUGUUGAUGGAUCCUUGAAAUUUGAAUGUAUGGAGAUAUGGGAUGAAGAUGAUAUAUCUAGUAUGUUUAAUUACUUAUAUCUAAUUGGUGGUAUACCUGGUAUUGAAAUAUAUGUUAAGAUACUUCGUUAUGUUGAUACUACAAAUGACGAUGCUGAUAUUGGUCCAUCUGGAACUGCUGUGGAAUCAAAUGAUGAACCAUGUGAAGAACAAAAUGUUGUUCAUGAUUAUGGUUUAUCUGAUAGUCUUGCAGGGCCAUCAAAUAAUUUAUCUGAUACAGUACAGAAUGAGAACGAGGAUGAGGACGAAGAUGAUGAUGACGAUGACGAUGAUUCAUGGAUGUCUAUUGAGGAUGAUGAUGAUGACAAUGGUCAGGAGGAUCGUGGGAGUGAGUCUCGAUAUUACAACACACAAUUUUCUAAUCCUAUUGUGCCUGUUGUUCAUCCCCCCCAUACGCAGAAAUAGACUUCGAUUUGCUGAGGGUGGAUCCUUAUGAUAGGCCAGAAGGUAGUUCCUUUUGGGAUCCUUCUAAAGAGUUUUCAGUUGGGAUGAUAUUUUCUUCGAGAGAUGCAGUGGCUGCGGCUGCAAAAGAAUAUCAUCUGAGACAUCAUCAUCAAUUUUGUUAUCAUGAAACAAGAGAGAAGACUUAUUCUAUAAAGUGUAAAGACAAAGACAGUGGGUGUGCAUGGAGGCUUCGAGCAUCCAAGAAAGAAGGAGAGGAUGUAUGGAAGAUUACGAGAUACAGUGGACCACACACAUGUACGAAUCCUCAGGUGACAAAAAACCAUAGCCAAUUGGAUGAAAAUUUUAUUUGUUCAUUUAUCUUUGCAUUAAUUGAACAGCAGCCCGAUAUAAAAAUUGCUGCCCUACAAGGUGAAGUGCGGGAUAAAUAUGGAUACGAGCCGUCUUAUCAGAAAACAUGGAAAGCUAAGCAGAAGGCAAUUGCAAGGUUUUAUGGGGGUUGGGAUGAAUCAUACAGUCGUUUGCGUAGAUUCAUGACUGCUCUUCAUCACUUUAACCCAGAAACAAUAUACAUGAUUGAAGAUAAUCCACAUUGGAUAAAUGAACGAUUAAAUCCAAUGUGUCGUGUAUUUGACCGUAUGUUUUGGGCUUUUAAGCAAUCGAUUGAGGGAUUUAAACAUUGCCGACCUGUUAUCUCAAUCGAUGGGACAUUCUUAUACGGAAAAUACACCGGGUGUAUACUGUGUGCAACCGCACUUGAUGGAAAUAAUCAACUAUUUCCAUUAGCUUUUGCCAUUGUGGAUAAGGAGGACGGGGACAAUUGGUCAUGGUUUAUGGAUUGCUUAAGGAUCUUUGUAACCAACCGAGAAGAUUUGUGUGUAAUUUCAGAUCGACAUGCUGGAAUUUUGAAGGCGAUGCAGAAAGAUUGGUGGCAACCUCCAGCUGGUCAUCAUCGUUAUUGCAUCAGGCAUUUUUUGAGUAAUUAUAAUAAGACAUUCAAAAAUGCAGCAAUAAAGGAAGUGUUGCGCA